AGUGUAUAUAUAUUAUUUUAGAACAAGGAAAUUUGAAUUUGUUGGUCUUCCGCAGCAACAACGUGAUAAACAACGACGAUAGGCAUCUGCGUAUUUGUUGUUGCUGUUUUUAUAUAGUUAUCGAUGACGUCGCCCCCACACAUAAUGCGACAGGCGUGUCUGCUUGUCCUCCUCACGUGUGUGCUGGUUCUUCUCACCAGCCACACCGGCGUCGACGCCUUUCGAUUCACCCUCGUCCCAGGAAAAGUGAAGUGCUUCACCAACGAUCAGCCCGAAGGCGGCCGCUACGAAAUUCGCUAUCGUAUGAUGCGCAGCCUCACGCCCUUCGUCUCCGUCGCGGUGACCUCGCGUGGGGGUCGUGUACUGAUGGAGCACGAGGUGGCCAAGGCGGACGCGAAGGAGAUAGUGACGCUGAACAAGAACGGGCUCAUGUCCAUUUGCUUCCACACGGCGGAGAAGGCGGCCGUGGCGGCGGUGUCGAUGAACGUGUCGCUGAACAUUGUCGAUGCCGAGGAUGCGGAGCUGACGCGCAUGAAGCGGCAGCGCUACAGCACGAGCAGUCCGAUUGCACUCGGGGCAGGGAAAGGGAGCGGGGCACUGCAGCAGAUGCAGUACAUCUUCAACACGAUGAUGGCGACACGCAUGUCGUUUGUAGCCUUGACAAAGGCAGACGAGGAUAUCCAGUUCUCUCUCCGCGAGGCGGAGCGCUUUUCGUGGAUCUUCGUCUACGUCUUUGUCGGCAUCGGCGCCAUCAUCACGUUCGUCUCCUUUAUGCGCCUGCGCUCCUUCAUGAAGAAGAAAAAGAUGCUCUAA